AUGAGCGUAACCGGCAUGGAUAUGAGCACAGAUCCAGAGGUUACCUUCAAGGACCACAAGUCGGACAGUAUUAGACCUGAGGACUCAGCUAGCCAAAGAGGGAGUAGCACCACCUCGGCGAGUUGGAGGAUACGGGCGAAGGCUAAGAGAGCUGCCUUAGCCACAGAGGUUGCAGCUCUUAAGGAGCAGCAAGAGCUCGAGAUUCAGGAAAUAAAGCUAAAACAACGGAAAGCUGAGCUUCUUCUGAAGACUAGAUUGAAGAUAGCGGAGGCGGAAGAAACUGUGUGCAAAUUAGGUACUCGGUCCAAUGUUCAGUCUAACAUCAAGAGUGAGAGUGUACCUGUUAGAAGCACUGAAUCCAUAGAACAGAAGACUGAGCCUUCCAAGUUUGAACCUUCCCAACAAGGUUCAUCAACUCCUGCUAGAAUGAAGCCAGCAAGUGAAAACCAGAUACUGACCAGUCAAGAUGAUAAGAUAACUGGAAAGAUGGACUCUGACAUCUUACAUCAUCUACAGCAAGGACAGAGACAACAUCAACAGCUGUUGGAAGCCAUCACAAUUUCAAGUGCCAACAUUAUGUCUUUUGAUGGUAACCCAUUGGAUUUCUUUGAGUUCAUACGAUCAUUUGAUAGUGUCAUCGGAAAUUCAUCAUUGGACAAUAACGCCAAGCUGCUCAAGUUGUAUCAUCUUUGUACUGGAGCUGCCAAAGACAUAAUCCAAUGUUGUCUCAUGAUGCAUCAAGAUGAUGGGUACUUUCAUGCCAGAACGCUUCUGAUGGAUCGCUUUGGAAGUGACCAUAAGAUCAGUAACGCCUGGAUAAGGAAGGUCACGGAAGGUCCAGUUAUUCAGAGCAAUCCUAAACAUCUGAGGGAUUUUGCUGAUCAGCUAAAGACCUGUGCUGAAACUUUGAUGGCCCUUGGGAUGCUUCACGAGAUGAGCAGCAGAAGUGAGUUGGUGAAAGUCAUUGAACGUUUGCCAUUCCAUCUGAAGAGCCGGUGGUUGCGUUUCGUAAAGACCAUCAGGGAUAGUGGCAGACAGCCCAACAUCCAGCAUGCAGUUGAAUUCAUCACCGGCGCAGCUGAUGAACUCAAUGAUCCUGUAUUUGGAGCCUUACUUAUGGGUGGACCAAAGAAUCUAGGAAAUGCAAGGAUUGUUAAGGAAAGAACUGUGUCAGGUAGAGGUCAGGCAAGCAUGUUUACUACCUCUGUGAAUUCAUCGACCAAGAACUGCAUCAUGUGUCAGGACAUAUAA